CAUUAGUUAUCAAUAAUUCAAUGCAAGUGGAUGAAGAAAUACAAAGAGCUCUUUCUCGUAAAGAUAAACUUUGUCAGUGGGAAGGUUUUUGGGCAACUCCAUCCAUUAUAAAGGGAGUCAUGGUCUUCAAGGAAACCUUCAAAUCAAAUCCUAAUGAUGUUCUCUUGGCAUCUUCCAUGAAAACAGGUACAACAUGGCUCAAGGCCAUAUGUGCAUGCAUCAUGCAAGGUAAUUAUGAAGAGGAAGAAGACCUCUUAGUCAAGGACAGUCCUCAUUUUCAUGUUCCAACAAUAGAGGCCAUUAAUUAUCUAACAAAAACUCCAGCUCAGGAUCUAUACACAAUGUCCUCUCCAAGACUUUUUCAUACUCAUCUACCUUAUAGGGUUUUGCCAAAUUCAAUCAAGAGUUCAGAUAAUUGCAAGAUUAUAUACAUAACAAGAAAUCCUAAAGAUACCACGAUUUCCAGGUGGCAUUUCUUCAACUAUAAUCGUAAGCAUUUAAAAGAUUUCGUCCCUUUAGAAGAAGACGUGGAGUCUUUUGCCAAUGGGGUUCAUCUCUAUGGACCAUUCUUUGAACAUGUUCUUGAAUAUUGGGAAGAAAGUAAAAAGUGGCCCCAAAAAAUACUAUUCUUGAAGUACGAAGAUUUGAAAAUGGACCCUAGGAAGGAGGUGGCAAAAAUAGCGUUAUUUCUUGGAAAACCUUUUAGUAAUGAAGAGGAUUUGGAGAAAGUUUUGAAGAAGUGUAGCUUGGAGAGGCUUAAGAAUUUGGAGGUUAAUAAGAGUGGCUCACUCUUCUCUCAUCUCCACAAUAGUUCAUAUUUCAGAAAAGGAGUGGUCGGAGAUUGGAAGAAUCACUUAACACCUGAAAUGGAAAAACAAAUUGAUAAGGUUACCAGCUUGAAGCUCCAAGGAAGUGGCCUUGAACUUUGA